GCGGGUUUUUCUGUCGUCACUCUGUUGUGAACCUGUUAACCAGCGAAUGAGCGACCUCUUUAGUGUUAGCAGCGCUAGCCGUUAGCAUGACGGAGUUUACAAUGACAUCGAAAAUAAGUCAAUUCCCCGGUCUGUCUCGCGGUAUCCCUCGAAACGUGUAUUGUUUUUGUCAUUGGUGUCAUUUUGAAAUUUACGGUCAUGAAAAGCUAAAUGUGAUUCUCGUGAUACUGUUGCUCGCAUUGGACGCCAUGUCAGCGCUUAACCCCGCCCACCGGCUCGUUGGCCAAUCGGAUCGCUGAGAAUUUAGACUGACAGGUCUUGCAGCGCGUUACGAGCCCACAACAAAGAUGACGCCAGCCUCGGCGGUCCCCGGCUUCGGCAGCGCGUCGUUUUCCGGCGCAGUUCGUGUGGAUGCUGAUGCUGAGGAGCCUCGCCGAGCAGUAGCAUCUCCGGCUAGCGACCCCUCACCAUGACUCAGUGUGCUCGGUGGCAGCUUUGCCUUGACCUCUGCCUCGGUGUGCUGCUGUUGUUCCUAGCGAGGCUGCAGCAGGUGGAAGCCGCAGCGGCCGCCGCGGAGAUGAGCAACCUGAACUGGAAGCCCUUCAUCUACGGAGGAAUGGCCUCGAUUGUCGCAGAAUUCGGUACCUUCCCCAUCGACCUGACAAAGACCCGACUGCAAGUGCAAGGACAGUCCCAGUACACGGAGGUGAGGUACCGAGGCAUGUUCCACGCCCUCUUCAGGAUCGGCAAGGAAGAGGGCAUCCGUGCACUGUACUCUGGGAUUUCCCCUGCACUGCUGAGACAAGCUUCUUACGGGACCAUCAAGAUUGGAACCUACAACUCUCUGAAGAGGCUGUUUGUCAGUCGACCUGAAGACGAGACCAUGGUCAUCAACGUGUUCUGCGGCGUGGUGUCGGGCGUGCUGUCGUCCUCGCUGGCCAACCCCACCGACGUCCUCAAGAUCAGGAUGCAGGCGCAGGGCAGUCUGCUGCAGGGAAGCAUGAUGUCCAACUUCAUCAACAUCUACCAGACAGAAGGCACCCGAGGCCUGUGGCGAGGCGUCAUUCCCACAGCGCAGCGGGCCGCGAUCGUCGUCGGGGUUGAGCUUCCUGUCUAUGACAUCACCAAGAAGCACCUUCUCCGCUCCGGCCACUUCGGAGACACAAUCCUGACGCACUUCAUUUCCAGUUUCUCAUGCGGCCUGGCGGGGGCGCUGGCGUCCAACCCUGUGGACGUGGUCCGAACCCGCAUGAUGAACCAGCGCGUCCUGAGCGGAGGGCCCAUGUAUAAAGGAACGCUGGACGGAGUGAUGCAGACGUGGAAGAAUGAGGGAUUCUUCGCUCUUUAUAAAGGUUUCUGGCCCAACUGGCUGAGACUCGGACCCUGGAACAUCAUCUUCUUCAUCACCUUCGAGCAGCUGAAGAAGCUCCCCUUCUAGCCGACGCGGGAACUUCACGCAUCUGCUGGACUGUACGGGGUCACGGGGGGUCAUGAUCAAACAGCCCCCCAUACCCCCUAAAUCAAUAGCAAUGAUACAAUCCAGUAUCAGUUGCCCACGCUUGUCCAAAAUCCUGUGUUGGCUUUUUGUGUUUGGGAAAAUCUACUUUGGUUUGCACAGAUUAGAGGUUCAGUCACUGGCAGCUAAGUGUUUGUUACGACGAAGGUCAUGAGGUCACGUCAUGGUGCUGAAGGCAGACGAACGAAUCAUUGGUUUGACUUAUGGAAGAAACUGUUAAGCCCUUUAUUGUUUCAAUUUACCACGGUCAUGCGACACGGGUCAUCAGAGGUCAGAGGCCAAGGUCUGAGAGAAGGGAAGGGAUGUGGGAUCAUAUUUUGACUCAGUAGCUCCUCCAUGUGGAGCCUUUUGGAUCACAGGUGGCGGGUCAUGUGAUCAUGUUGUUAGUCGUUUGGGAGAAGAGCUGAGAGACAGAUUUGACUCUGAGGAGAGGGAGUCAUUAAAACACCUCUCUGAAGUCCAUUUAUUGAUAGGCGAUUGGUUUUGUUAAGAGUCGAGUCUCAGAAUGUUCUGGUCGUGUUCAGGCCAUGUGAAGUUUUUAUUUCCUUUGUUUAUUCCUUGUGUACUCUUGCCAUUUUUUCCUCCCAUUUUAUUUCGUUUUCCCCUAACUGCUGUUCCAGUGUCAGAUUUGUUUUCACUGUUCUUAGUCCCAGUCACACAUGAAGAGUCUUUCGUCACUGGCGUGGAACAAAAGACGACAUUUGAUAAGAAGAUGUCUUCACAUGGCCCCACACUUUUAUUUACAAAUACUUUACCAGCCGUUUAGUAAUGCUAUUUAUUUUUUAGAAAUGACUGAAAGUCUGGCAGAACUAUUCAAGAGAUCAGUUUGGAUAUUUAUGAGGUUGAAGGUGUGUUUGACUGGAUGAGCUUCGGCUGUAUUUAUUGAUCAAUGAUUUGGUGUUGGUUGGUGCUGAUGGAGAGGCGGCUCUCUCAACCAAAACAAGCUUUUAUUGCAGUCAGUGUUUUUUUUUUUAGCUGGUGUCCUGAACAAGGCUUGAUCCUCACACUCCGGCGCGGGUGUGCUCACGGUGUCCACGUGCACAUAAGAGCCUCCGGCUUUAUCUUCAUGUUUGAGGCUCGAUGUGGAGCGGAGGGUGGUGCCAAAAUGUGUUUUAGUUGCAGCUUUUAUGUUCUUUUACAUCACAAAUGCCGAGCGAGAGUUGAAGGUGCUGCGUCCAUGCCGGCCCACGGGGGGGCGCUGCUCUCAGUGAAACUCCACAGGUGUUGCUGCACUUGACCUUUGAAUGUAAAGAAGUCAGAUCCUACAUGAAGUUUGCAGCAGCUUCCAGUUUAGUCCCAGUCAUCUACAAACGUUCAAGUGUUGGUGACAAAACACGGGGGUGGACUAUGUAUCUCGCAAGAUCAGUGUUGUCUCUGUCACCUGGUCAAGUUUGCCAACAGAUCAAAGUCAAAGCCCACAGUACCCGCUGUCAUAGUCAGCCAAUAUUGUGGGUCAGGAUCCGCUUCAUAACUGUUAGCUAUAGUCACACGGGGCCUGCUUACCACCAGUCAAGUGCAACAACUACACAACUCAAGAAAAGUCCCACAUCUGUACCUCAGAACCAACACCCUAAAGAAGGUCAGGUUGCAGAGUCAGCUCACCAUCCAGGUGCGGUCGUGUGGACGCAGAUACCAAUGUGGUUUUACUGAGAGUGGCAGAAAGGUUUUGUCUUCGAACACUCCAAAAACAUUGUGUGUGCGCGCUUCGCUCAUUUGCACAUUUUGCAUCGUGCAGAUAAGACUUUGAUCAAAAUAUGGAUCUUCUCUGAACCAUUUAUUUUGAGAAAUAUUUGACUUGGACUUUCAUGCGAGUGAUUCUUUGGGGUGGAUUGUAGCAGACAAAAACCCUCUUUCUUUCAGACGUCUUGAUAUGUGUUGACACUUUUACUCUUCAAUUAAAAAAAAGGAAUUUUACAUGACG